UUCUUCAUCAAGUUUAGGAUCAAAUCCAACAGAGUGCAGAUCACAGAUAGCAUGUUUGUGCAGGUCCUUGCAAAAUUUUUAUCUGCACCAUUGUCGUUUGGGCUUGAACAAGACACCGAAGGAUGGCCAUAUGUUGCAUUUGAUCUAAAUCCUGCUGUUGUAAAGUCAGCUAGAAAAUCAGGACUUCCUGUGCUAUACGGAGAUGGUUCACGCCCUGCGGUUCUGCAAUCUGCCGGCAUAACGUUUCCAAAAGCUGUCAUGGCCAUGUAUACUGGAAAGGAAAAAACAAUUGAGGCUGUAAACAGAUUGCGGCAAGCUUUUAGUGCGGUUCCGAUAUAUGCUAGGCCUCAAGACCUCUCACAUUUAUUAGAUCUGAAGAAGGCAGGCGCAACAGAUGUUGUCCUGGAAAAUGCGGAGACUAGCUUGCAGCUAGGUUCAAUACUUUUAAAAGGACUGGGCGUCAUGUCUGAUGAUGUAUCCUUCUUGAGUAAGCUUGUGAGGGAUUCAAUGGAGGUACAAGCUCCAAAAGCACUAAAAGAUAUUGGGGACCGAGAAAUGGACAUGAUGAAGCCUCUUCAGGUGAGAGUAUCAGAUUUAGUGGAGAGCAAUGGCAACAGUUCAAGAAUGAUAGCUCAGAAGCAGUCACUAAGCCUAAGUAGUCGCCCAGACGUAAUCGUAAUGAAAUCACCUGUGGGGAAUCUGAUACCUGAUGUGGUGGAGGAAAAUGAUCAACCAGGAUAUGACUUUGAGGAUACAGAGUCUGGAGAUGGUGUGAAAUAUUGUCUUUUGGAAACUGCUGACGACAGUGAUGGAACCUCCAGUACAAACAAGGAAAUGAUUGACCAGUCUGCUUGA